AUGACAUGUGGUGGAGAAUUUUAUUUCAGAGCUGAAGAGCUUCGGAAUGCAGUUGAGGUUGAUAUUAAAGCUCGUCAUUUGUCACAUAACGCCAAAGGCAAUUAUCCAAUGUCAAAUCUUUUGGGAGUUUGUGAUAGAGUAAGACAUACAAGGACAUUUCUUGAAAUCAAUUUGGAGUCACGGAUCCCAUUUAACAUGGAAAAUGCACCUUGUAUUUUGUUGUCACAGUUGAAGUACAUGAGAGCUUUGUCGUUGAAAAACUUUCCUCUUGUGUCAUUGCCUGAUUCAAUAGGUGAGUUGAUUCACUUGCGUUACUUGAAUUUGUCUCAUACCUACAUUGCAACAUUGCCGGAGUCGUUGGGUAACCUAUACAAUUUGCAGACCUUGAAAUUGUAUUCCUGCUAUAAUCUGAAAAUGCUACCUGUUGGCCUGAAAGACCUUGUAAAUUUGCGCCAUCUUGAUAUUAGAGGGACUCGGUCAUUGCAUGAGAUGCCGAAAGGCAUGAGCAAGUUGAAAAAUUUGCAGUUUUUAAGUGACUAUGUUUUUGGGAAGCGUGAAGAGAACAAGAUUACAGAAUUGGGAGCACUUGCAAAUCUACACGAAUCAAUUUCCAUUGGCAAAUUGGAGAAUGUGGUGAACAGCAGUGAAGCUUUGGAGGCAAGAAUGUCUGAUAAGGAUGGCAUUGAUUCUAUAACGUUAAGUUGGUCGGAGAAUGAAGAGGAGAAUACAGUUGAUUCCCAAACAGAAAGAGAUAUACUUGACAAGUUACGACCUCACACUAAUUUGAAAGAGUUAUAUAUCUAUGGUUACAGGGGUACAACAUUUCCAGAUUGGAUGGGACAUUCUUCCUAUUACAACAUCACCAAAAUAACACUGGGUGAUUUCUUUUUGGGUUGUUGUCGGAAUUGUUGUAUGCUUCCUUCACUUGGACAAAUGCCCUCUUUGAAGCACCUAACAAUUAUAGGCUUUGAAAGUGUUGAGAUUGUGGGUGCUGAGUUUUACUUUAACCAGAAUGGUGAAUCUUGUUUGGAGACACCACCAUUCCCAAUGCUUGAAACUCUUCUGUUUAGUUCAAUGCCUUGCUGGAAGGAGUGGCGUUCACUGGAGUUCAAUGCAUUUCGGAGACUCCGGGAGCUUUCAAUACAUAGCUGUCCCAUGUUGAGAAGAGAUUUGCCGAAUCAUCUACCAUCUUUGCAAUCACUUGAGAUUACCAAUUGCAAGCAGCUGAGUUGGUGUGUUCCAAGAUCUCCUGCAAUGACCUCUUUAAGGAUAGAAGGCGGGAAUGAAGUGAGAAUUGGGGAGCUACCUCCUUUAUUGCGUGAGCUAUCAAUUGCAGGAAACCAUCACGUGGAGUCGGCGGUAGAGGCCACAAUGCACACGCAACUGAGUUGCCUGACGUCUUUAUACAUUGCAGAUUGUUCCUCCCAGAUAUGGUUUCCAGUGACUGCUAUUCCCCCAUCACUACAAGAGUUGAGGAUACGGGAUUGCAGAAAAUUAGAAUUCGAAAUGGAUGGGCAACAUCACUCGCUGCAUGAACUAUCAAUACAGAACAGCUGUGAUUCACUUACAUCCUUCUUGUUGUUGGAUGCCUUUCCAAAUCUCGUGCGUGUUGAAAUCAGCUACUGUGGAAACAUGGAGUGUAUUGUGGUGUCACGCUCUCUUUCAUCUCUCUGUGAUUUAAGCAUCACGCAUUGUGGGAGUUUGAAAUCUGUGUCAACGCUAUGGAUGGCAGCACCUCAGCUAGAGGAUCUCACAUUACUGGGUUGCCCAGAGGUUGAUUUGUCUCCUACAGGGGAUGGGGAUCCACACCGUAGCCUCAGAUCUCUUGAAAUCAGCAACAGCGAGAAACUGGUGAGCUAUACAGCAUUCAAGAAUUCACAAUUUCAUGGGCUUACUCAUCUUUCCAUUCAUGGUGAAUACGGCGAGAGUGUGAAAUCCCUCCCAAAGGAAGGUUGGUUGCCUGCCUCGCUUGAGUCUCUCACACUGUUUCGCAUUGAAAGUGUGGAGACGUUGGAAUGCAAGGGACUUGCCCACCUCACCUCCCUCCAGAAACUAAGUAUUCUGUAUUGUGACAAGUUGGAGAAUAUGGAGGGAGAAAAGCUGCCUGCCUCUCUAAUACAACUCAUCAUCUUAGGAAGCCCUUUGCUGGCCAAACAAUGUCAGAAGAAGGAUCCACAGCUUUGGCCCAAAAUCUCCCACAUCCCCGCCAUUCAAGUUGAUUACACAUGGAUUUGGUAAUCCAACAACUUCAACACAUACAUACACAACAUUAUUCUUAUUCCCUCAAUAUAUUUAUGUUUU